AUUAAAAAAAUUGUAUUAUUUAUCUUUAUUUGAUCGCAUUAAUGUUUAAAUGUUAUAGUAGAAUAUGAACAAUUAGAAUAUAAAUAUGCACAUAAGAGCUGGUAUCAAAUAUAACAUAGGAACAGCAAUGGCCAGGAAAAAUACAUUAUAAAAAUAAAACGUCACAUAGUGUUGGCCAUCAUUGCUUCGGACACGCGUACCCAGUCGAAUGCAGCAAGCAAAGGAUCUUCACGUGUCGGUACACGGUCCCAAUUCCAGUACAUAAGUUCUCGUGUUAUCUCACAGUCAGCUGUUAAGUUUACAUCUGACACAGAAUUCUGAUCCUGAUUAACUUCGCUAUUGCUACACAAAACACCAACGUAUCCAUCAGGCAUUCCGAGUUCAACGCCUGUCAGCGGCUUGCCUCGAAACGUUGAGUGCCACAGCUUGGUAGUGUCCGCGGGAUCAGAUUUAGCGGUUACAUCCACAAGAUUGGCUGUGGUAUCCAAAGAAUUGGCUUGGUCGGUGGAAUCCUUGGUGUCAGCUUUGCUCUCAGGUACAGCAGUAGCUGCUGCUGAUGUAAGGACGAAAGGACGAAAGUAUCGAUCGACAGCGGCUGAUAACGUUUGGUUGUUGUCGUCGGUCAUCAGUUUACGCUUUUGUAUCUUGCACGGCAAUAAGUGUAUCGGCUUUCGACUUUGUACGGCGUCCGUGUCAAGUUCUUCGUGUCGCUGGUCGUCCCUUAUCGGCCGCUUUAUAAUGAGACGCAUAAUGGUAAGGAAUUGUCAAAAACUUAACGCGUAUAAACGAAUUAACACAAAAAUCGGAUUGCAGAAAACUGUUGUCUGUUGAAAUGUUGAAUAGUUGAAUGUUUUAAAAUGACGAACGUCGAUCGGACUGCGGAGCAUAGUUGCGAUAUUUGGUGAUAAACUGAUAACGGAUGUCAGUUAAUGUGAAAAAUUAGGACGAGGGAAAUUAACUCAAAGUUGUAGUCGGGAUAAUGAAUGCUAAUGUAACGUAAUAAUAAUUAAUAUUUACUCAGUAAUCAAACAGUCGACAUGACACCCCAGUGACCUUUUAAUAGUAAUUUUAAUUACCUUUUAAAUAAUAAAUACCUUAAUAUAUUAUCUUAAGUACUACGGUUAUCUUCGGUUGACAACCAUGCUAGGUACCUAUGGUCAUAGAGUAAGAUACUAAGAGAAACCGUUCUGACUUUCUGAGUUAUUGUUGAUGCACAACACGAUUUAAAUCGUGAUUCAUAAUGACAAAUUUUUGAAGUGUAGCCUUUUUGGUAAUAUAAAAUAGAUUCAUUAUCGUACAUGAAAAAAAGUUAUCUAGGUUAUACAUUUAGGUGGAAGUCGCAGACAAUAAAUUCCACAAUUUUCAAUUUUAAUAUGACAAAUGGUUCUGACCUAAGUCUAAUUAUGGUUUAAAUUAUGGAUCAAUUUUUUUGAAAUGGUUUUAUAAUUAAUAAAUAUCUCGUUCACACUUUUUGUACAUUGGAUCACAGGAUAAGAAAAUUGGAUCUUACUGUUUUUUAAAUAUUUAAUUAUUUAUUUUAGUAAAAUUAUAUAAAUAAUUAAAGUAAAUAAUACAAAUUAUUAUUAAACCAUAUUUUAUAAAUCUAUUGUCUAAGAAGCAUAGCAGAUGAUGUGUAAUAUAUGUUAAUUUCAAAAAAAUUGUAUUUAAAAAUAAUCUGAUGAAAUAAGGUUCAUCAAAAUGUAAUAUUGUGUCCCUGACCUUCCGCCUUAAUAAUUAAUAAAUUAUACAAAUUGUAAAAUUAAAUAAUACAUUUAAUAGGUAUAUAUUACAACUAUUGUAGUCUUAUAAAAUAUAAAUUACAAGAAAGCAGAAAAAAAAAAUACAAAAUAAAAAUUAUAAUAUAAAUCAAUUUUUUUUCAUUGGCUUCUAAAAAGUAUUAACUUAUUAUAACAGGUCUUAAAAGAUGGGUUUUUAUUUUGCUACAAUUAAUUUUUAACUUUACAUUUGUAUAAGACAUUGAUUUAAUUAAUAAUGUAAGAUAAGAAUCUAAGAAAGAGCUAUUACUUUCAGCACUAUGAAAUUCUAAAGAUUAAAUAUUUCUCGAUGGUGUAAAAUAUUGUUCAGAACUUUAGAAUAUUAGAAUCUUUUCAUUUAAAAGAUUUUUUAGAUUUUAAACUUUUAAUGAUAACUGACAUAAAGAAAUUUUUUUGUUUUGAUGUUGAAUAGUUUGUUGUAAUUUUCUUAAUUUACUGUUUUUGAUUUGAAUUUCAUUAGACAACUGACAAAUUCCAUAUUUAAGAAAAUAGUGUCUUGGUGUAUCCUCAGCAGAAGCAGUAGAGGCAGUAUAAUUGGAUGAAUUAACUUUUUUCUAAAGAACAAAUUAUUGAUGAAUAUUAAAUAAAAUAAAUUAUUAGGUAUAACUAUAAAUUGCUUACCGCAACAAUAAGAAUCAACAAAUUAAAGGUAUCUGAUGAAACACUUUCUAUAGAUUGAUCCAAAUCAAGAUCAGCUAAUGGUAGAAUACCCUUCUCAGGUUCACUAUUAUCAGUUAGCUAAAAAGUAAAUUAUUAGUAAUAGGUGCUAGAUAAAUUUAAAAAAAAAUAAAUGUAAUUACUUUAAGUAGGAUCCUUUUUAUUUGAAGAUUUGAACUACAGUAAUAUAUGAGUUGGUUUGGAACCUCUUCUUUAAGUUCAGAAAAUAUAAUUUUUGCCUAUAAUAUAGAAAAUAAAUUUAUAAAAAACCAUAUAUUUAAACUAUUUUCAAUAAAAUAUAUAACCUAAAUACUUACACAUUUCACCUUAUAUAUUAUUAUACUUAGUACAGCAUGUUUUUGUAAUAUUCUGUAUUGAUUAUGUACAAGAUAUAAAAGACUGGUAUAAAAUUACAAGAACAUAUAACAUAUAACUUAUUGAUAUCUUCCAGAGUUCGGUUAUUUCUAAUAAUAAAUUCAUUCCAUUUUAGAAAAAUACAACUUUUUAUAAGAAAACUGGAACAAUAAUAAUCUUGUAUAUAUAUUACAAUUAGUUUAUAAGAAUAACAGAAUCUACCUAAUUUAAUAGCCAGUUUUAAAUCAAUAUUGAUAAGAUAAAAUAUUAUCUAAUUGUGUAAGCCAGUAGUACAUUGUGAUUGAAAUAAAAAAUAAUAAUUUUUUAUUUUAGGUUUAUUCAUUUUUAACCUUAGGCAAAUGUGAAGUGAUGUUUUCGGAUUUAGAUUUAACAUUUCUAGUUCUCCCACAUAUAAAACAACUAGGCAUUAUUAUAAUUUCAGAGACUUAGAAACCAGAGAAUUAAUGAGAAUUUAGAAUAUACUGAAUGUAGAUUUCAAAAUUAAUUAUUAAUUACAAAAUACUAAUUUGUAAAUUGUAAUAUUAAAACCAAAUACAAAUAAGAAAAACAAUAAUACUAUUUAUGUACUAUUUUGUUAUGAUAUCAUUAUUUAACAAUCAUGCAUGAUAAUAUAAGUAGUAAUGGUAACAAGAUGACAAAAAUUAAAAUUAUAAUAUGUACAAUUUUUUUUUUUUUGUAGAGGUCAUACAGUCAAAAUUUGUUACUCUUUGCUUAACAAAAUAUACAUGUAAUAUACGGAAACGAAACGGCUCCUCUAUCUAUGCCUAAGGCCCAAUCCCACUAAACUAUCGAAAUAGCCGAAAUAGUUGAGAACCACUGCCUUACAGUAUGACAAGACUUUUGAGUUACGAGGGAUAAUAGCGAUGAUAACGCGCAUGGCGGACAAUUUGUUUCAAAGUAAAUGUACUAUAUGUGUAUAUUUUGUUGGUGUGUACUGUAGGUUGGAACUUUGGAAGCUGCCGCGGCACUAUUUAUUGUCAUGAUGUACGCCGUCUGGCUCACGCACAAAACUGCUAAACUGUUUGUUGUGCUGUUUCUAUCGUACAGUUGUCGAUACGCACCCGUUUGAUAUACCUGUUACAUUUCAGAAGGUUUUUCUAAGUGCUCGUUAAUUAUUAUUGAUCGUCUUCUCCGUUGUACCUACCUAACGGUUUGCAGUAAUUGUUGCGAAACACAACGGGGAAAAAAUGGCGUACUUUUAUUAUUACCAGCAACAACAACAAAGUAAGACUAUACUUACCUAUUAUAAAUAUUAACGCUGACAUAUAAGUUAACAAUGUCUUAUCAAUUUAAUAACUUUGAUAUGUAAAAAUGUAAAAUGGAGCUAUCUACUACUUUUAAAAUGCAUUAAUAACUAUUGUAGCAUAUUUUUAGUCCUUAUAAAAGUCAAACGUAAUCAUGUAGGUAUUAAAUAAAAAUCAAAUAGGUGUAUUAAUAUGGCUUUAAUUAAAAAAAAAAAAAAAGAUUCUUUAUAAAUUUGUACACAUUUUAGAUAUCAUUAAUUUUAUUUGAUACAUAGAUACUUGAUGUAGCCAAUAUCUACACUAAUUCUAUUAUUAAUAUUCAGUUUAUUUCAGUAGUUUCCGUACAGCAUUUAGAUUAUUUUACCAUUUAUAACUAAAAUCUCAGUGAAUAAUUCUGUAUAUUGAUAUUGUUUUUUUUUUACAUUUUAUAGCACUGUCCGAUCCACUUUCCCCAGUAACAACGUCAUCAGAACUGACACCUCUAUUAGUGAUACCACCAACACAGCAACCACAAUUAGCUCUACCACUGCUCACGCCAAUAAUGCCACCAGUCACAUCUGCUCCAGAUAAAACCACUGCUGUUUCUACAGAACACAAUCAGACCCAAUUACAUACACCUAAUACUUUCAUUAGGCUUUGCGAAGACAUAGGCCUUUUCCACGAUCUACAAAACAUUGUAGUUAUGUCUUCAUGUCAACCAGCUGAUACUGCUACUUCCACAGUUCCUGUUUCUACAGCUGCCACUAUAGUUACUACAUCAACAUCAACGGGACAACCUACAACAUCAACGGGACAACCUACAACAUCAACGGGACAACCUACAACAUCAAAUUUAUGUAGUUCAUCGACUACUGCAAUUGUGACGACAAUGAUGAUGGCCAAUCCAUUUGAUGAGACUUUCAAACAAGCAGUGUUGCAGCAACAAAAAAGUGAUAUAAAUUUGCCAGAAAAUCAUUUCAGCACCAGCAGCAAUGAUGGAGAUUUAAACACUCCAUUCAUAACAACUACAACUAUUGUAGAUACGUCCAAUGACAACAGUAGUAAGUGUUCAGUAAUUGAAAACAUAUAAUAUAUGAUAAAAUCAAAUUUCUUUUUAAAUAGUAGACAUUCACUUUAUGAAAUUAAUCUUUGACUAAUGUUCAAAUUUUUAUCCAAUGUUGCUAUUUUUUGGACUACUAGAAUAAAAUACAAAUUUAAAUUUAUAUUCAUAUAAAUUUGACUCAGUGAGAAAUAAAAGAAUAUUGGUUUGUUAGUUAUUUUUUUUUUGAAACUAGUUCAAAUAAAACUAUGACUGCUUAAUUUUAUUUCUAAUGCAUUUUACUAAAUAAUAUGGUUAUUUUGUGUUUAUAUUAUAAUGAUACUACAUUGUAGUAUUUAUAUGUUUUUAAUUUAUGCACUUAUUAUUACAGCUUUGUCAAUGACUACACCAAUAGAUAUGAUGACUAAAACUGUAAUAGACACUCCUCUAUCAAUUGAAUCUAUGAUGACAAAUAUGACAACUAUGCCUGAACCCCAACAUCAAAAUAUGUUUAUUACAACAUCAUCGACAGAGGUAUCUUAAUUUUAUUCAAAAAUAUUUAGUUAAUUUUAUAUUAUACAUAGUGUAAUUCAAUGUAAAAAUCUAUGACUUGUAAAUCAAACUUUAUCUAAUAUAUUAGAUACAAUUUUUACUCAAAUACUCAUAAUAUUUACUAUAUAAUUAUGUUAAAAACUUAAAUAGAAAUGGCUGUGGGGCUAUUGGUAUAGUUCUUCUUCUGAGCUUUUACAGGCCUUUAAGGUCUAUCGCUGCAACAAUAUAUUAUUUCCAUCCCUCUAUCAUUUGCACAUUCUUCCGCGUUUUUUUACAAUUAGAAGUCCUAAGUCUUCCCGUACUCUAUCAAUCCAUCUUUUUCUGGAGCAUCCUCGAGGCCUAUUAGUGUCGGGUUUUCAUUUAGCUAUUGAUCCAAUCCCUCUGACUUCCAUAUGCUGCUUUGUAAUCUAUGAACAUAAGGUGUCUUUAUUGAACUCGCCUAGGUACUUGAAGCUCUGUACCCUUUCAAAUUUGUAAUCAUCAACUUUUAAAUAAUUAAUAUUGUGAUUUCGUCUCGAAAGUAUCAUAUACUUUGUUUUUGACUUAUUUAUCCUCAGACCAAUCUCUUUACCUUCACUUAGUAGGAUGCUAGUUGUAUUUCUCAGUUCGUUUUCUGUUUUGGCUAUAAGAACUAUAAGGACUAUAUCGGCAGCAUAAGCUACUACAGUUAAAUCGUUAUUGUUGUUCAUUUUUAUUCCUUUGGCUUGGAUUAGUACCUUCCGUAUAACUGAUUCUAACUGAUUCUUGAUAUGAAACAAAGCUGAUGAUAGGGCAUCUCCCUGUCUGAGUCCAGUUGUUAUUGGGAAUUCAUCUGAUACCUCUCCUCCAAAACUUACUUUACCUUUGGACUCAUAUGUACAUGCUCUUAUUAUUCUGACUAGUUUUGCUGGUAUUCCCAUUUGGCUCAUGACAUUCCAUAGUUUUUCUCUAUUAAUCGAAUCCUUAUGCUGCUUUGUAAUCUAUGAACAUAAGGUGUAUAUCUUUAUUGAAUUUGUGACUCUUCUCAGCUAAUUGUUUAAUGAUAUGAAUUUAAUCAACUGUUGAUCACCCUAACAUGAACCCAGCUUGAUAUUCUCCUAUUAUUUCUUUAAUAUAUGAAUUGAUUCUGAUCAGAAGAAUAUUAGACAGAAUCUUAUAAGUUGUGUUGAGUAGAGGGAGAUUUCUCUAUAAUUUUCACACUCCAUGAUAUUUCCCUUUUAAAAACAGGACAUAGGACAGAUACUCGCCAUACAUAUUCAGAUACAGAUUCGGGUAUUUCCUCUUGUUCCCAGAUUAUGUUUAUUAAUUUAUGAAGCUGUUUCAGUAAGCAUGAAUGAACCACCCUUUUUUAAACAUUCUGUUGCUAUUUCAUCGUCACUUGGUGCUUUACCAUUACCAUAAACAUAUUUAAUCCCAUUUUUACUUCACUUAUUGAUGGGUUUUCGAGUAGCUGUUCUACUGUUGUUAGCUCUUUUACAGUGAUAUUAAUUAUUGGCUGGUUCAAAAGCUUUGUAAAUAUAUCUUUGAAUUCGCCUGCGAUUUCUUUAUUGCCUGUUAGAAAGGUUCCAUCACUUUUUCUCAUAACUGUUGGUCUGGAUUUGUAGCCAUGUCUUACUUCAUUUGCUUUUCCAAAAAAUAUUUUCGAUUGGCUAUUUCUAUUAUUUUCUAUAGUUUGCGUUCUUUUUCCCACAGUCUCUUAUUCACUCUAAUCACCUUUUUUACCUCUUUGUUUAAGUGCUAACAAUCUUUUGUUAUCUUUAUUGGGUUCAUGUAGCACUUUCAUGCAGGCUCUUUUAUAUUCUUCAUUGAACUACAUUUUCCUUGUUUUUCCUUGUAUGUACCCAAGUACUUCUUCAGCUAUAGUUUUUACUGUUUGUUCUAUUUCUUUCCAUGUUUCACUUAUAUUUGGUCUUUCUUGUAUAUUCUGUAAUUUCAACAUUAACUUUUCUUGAUAUACUUUAGCUGUUCAGCACAUCACUAUCUAUUUUCUCUUUAUAUUUCUGUUUCUUUUGUCACCCUAUUGAUAUUCUGAUAUUUAUUUUUGCUCUUAUGUGGAAAUGAUCCGACAUAACUCUACUCCCUCUCAUGUUUCUUACAUCCCUUACACAGGAUUUAAUUUGUGAAUCAACUAUUAUGUGGUCUAUUAGGUUUCUUACACAUCUACAUGGCAAAAUCCAUGUUUAUUUAUGAAUAUUCUUGUGCGGGGAAACAUGUGGUACUUAUAAUCAUAUUCCUAGCAGCUGAAAAUAAGAUCAACUUUUUUCCAUUACCAUUAGAUUCUUCAUGUAAGCUUUCAGAUCCAAUUAUUGGUUUAUACAUCAUUUCCUUUCCAAUUUUUGCAUUAAAAUCUCCGAUUACUAUUUUCGGUUUAUCAGUUGGUAAAGAAUCGUAUAGCAUGUCUAUACUAUCAUAGAACUCAUUUUUUAUCUCCUCAUUUUUGUCUUCAGUGGGUGCAUAACAGUUAAUUAGAAUCAUAUUGUGCCACUUACAUUUAAGUUCUAUGUAACAUAAAUGAUCAUUUAUAGGUUUGAAAUUUGUAAUUUGUGGUAGUAAAUUUCCUUUUACUAUAAACCCUACACAUCAUUCGUGUUUGUCCCCACUGUAGAAGUGAAUCAUUCCUUGAGACUUCAAACUCCCUGAACUUGUCCAUCUCACUUCUUGAAUAGCAGUAAUAUCCAUCUCAUAUCGCUCAAGACAUGAUAGAGAUGUCGUCAAAGUUCCAGCCUUAAACAAAGAUCGCACGUUCUAAGUUCCAAUUAGUAAAUCCGUUAUCUCUUUCAUCGAAGGCUUUGAAUAAUGUAGUUGUUUCUUAACAUUUACUUUUUUAUGUGGUAGGGUUAUUGGCCCUACGCACAACCCUCAACCUGGAGGACCAGUCCACACCAACUAAUUAAGUCAGUGUGGGGCUCGGUGCCUUGGGUUUGCCAAACUAAUUACUUAGUACCCCCUGAGGGGAUUGAUAUAGUUAGAUAACCAAAUUUUACAUCAAUACAUUUUUUAAUAUAUCAUAAUUAUAACUAUUAUUACCUAUAUCAUUUUUACUCAACUCAAGGCGGGAACUGGAAAUGUGUUGGUCAUGAUGGUGGAGCAGCAACAACACCAGCACAUCAUUGAACAGCAUCAUCCACAGCAAAGAUUUAUUGUACCAGCAACUACAGCCACAACUAAUGCUAUUGGAACUACAAUAAUGACUAUGACAGAUCCAAUGUGUUAUAAUGAUGAAGAUGCCAGUGAUAAUGGUAAUAUUGAAGAAAUGGCUAUUGAAGGUUUAACUGAAAUAACUACAAUUAAGCAGGUACUAGAUACUGAAUUUUUUGCUUUUUAUACCCGUUACUACUCUAGUUUUAUAUCAAUAUAAAUAAUGUUGUGUAUAUCUGUUUCUGUAUUUCAUGCGCAAGCAAAGGCAUUAAAACAAAACUUAUUGGUGAAACAAUUAAUACAAGGACAACAAAGUUCACCAGUGGUUUCUGAACAAUUACAACAGCAGAGAAAUGGUAAUGAUGGAUUUAUCACGACUGAACCAAUACAAGACAAUACAAUGUAUAACAGUAGCGAUCAAGAUGAUGAUGACAGUAAAAAACAGCAGUUAAAGAAGAAACAUAAACAAGAACUGCUUGAGAGAAACAGGUGUUAUAACUAUUUGAAUUAUUUAUUAUUCUUUAGCUGUCAAAUUAUUAAUCUAAACAUUAUGUUAGUAGGUACUACAUACUAAACAUAAUAAUAAUAAUAUACAAUAAUAAAUAAAUAAAUCAUUAAAUGAAAGAAGUGUACAUGUCCACUUUUUAUAAUUGUUUAGUAGAGACAAAAAACUUAAUUUCUCUAGAAAACAUUGAAAAAAAAAAAUUCACAUUAUAUAGAAUUAUAAUGAUAUGUAAGAUUCUGAAAAGAUUUUAUGAAAUUGUAUAAAAUUAAAUAUAGUGGAUAAAUAUAUAUAUAUAUAAAUAAACUAAAAACUUCACUAAAAUCCUCCUUCCUUUGAAAAUGCUGGUUUAUAGAAACUUGAAUGUAACUGUAAUAAAUUUUAUAUAGGUAAGACAAAUAGAAAUUUUAAAAUAAGAUAUAAAAAUCACAUUUCUGAAAUAAAAUUAAUAAAGACUGCACUAAUUCAAAUUUCGCUACACAUGUUUUAGAAAAUAACUAUAAUAUUAGUUUUGUUAUUAAUACAGACUUAGAGAUAUUUAAUACCCAAAAUAACAUUUACAUUAAUUCAGUUUUAGAAGAAUUACAUCUAUACAAUGAAAUAAAGAAAAAUAAUUUUAAUAAUAUUUUAAAUGUACAAACCAAUUUUAAAAAUAAUAUCUUGUAUUAAUACAUUUUAGAUUAUAAAUAAUAAUCAAAUUAUUUAUAUUCCUUAACAUAUCAUAACAUUUUUUCCCCUAUGUAUUUGUUCAUUAAUUUUUUUAUAUUUAGUCGCUUUUACACUGUGAUAUACCUGAUAAUAAUUUUUUAAUUCAAAACUGGUUGUAUAAUACACUUAUCAUAAUAUUCCAGGUGCAUUUAUUCAUUUUUUAUGUGGAUCUAUAAAUGUUUUAUUUAUGUAUUUAUUUACUAUAUUUAUUUACCAGUAUUUCAAUAAUUUUGUUUUUACUUUAUUAUUUAUAAAAUUACUUGUCAUACAACUAUUUUAAGUCCUUAGACAUAUGUCAUUUUUAAAAAAAAUGCAAUUUGUAGAAAUUCAAUUUAUAAAAAUAAUACCAUAAUACACCAAAUAUAUUUGAAGAAAAUUAUUUUAUUGCUCAUUAAUAAUAAUUAAUAACAAUAACAAUUUUAAGACUAAAACUGUUUUUUAAACAUACAAAAUUAUUAUAAUUAUUAAAUACAUCUUGCCCUUUACUUUUUAAAACUUUUUUAUUCAAUCAGUAGCAAAAAUAUAGUAUUCUAAAAAUAAUAUAGGACAUACACCAUUAUUAUUCAGUUUUUUAAAAAUAACUGAUAACUGAUAUUUAUUAACUGAUAUUACCACUUAUCUAUAUUAACAAUAACAUUUACUAAUUAAAUACAGAACAGCAGCCAAACGAUGCAGAAUGAAAAGAAAACAGAAAUGGGAGAUGCUUUCUGAAGAAAAUCGAAAACUCAAAGUUGAAAACAAUAAACUGCGUGACACUAUUACAAACCUCAUAAGUAACUGUAACAAAUUAUCAGAAUAACAUGAAAUACAUCAAUUAAUGGCUCAAAACAACAUUGCAUUAACAACAAAAGAGCUUAAAAAUUGGUGAUAUUGGUGAUGUGAAUUACCUAGGUAGUAUUAUAUUUUAUACAUCUUCAAUUCUAUAUAUUUAAUCAAAAUUGAUGUAGAACAAGUCUCUUUGCCAUUGCUGUUCCUCUGUAAAGUCCAUUUUGAUUUAAAACUCUUCACUGUUAAAUAAAAAAUAAUCCAAAUCCAAGUAGGUAUCACAAAUAUACAACUCUUUAUAUUUUUUUUAUAAAGAUAUAAUAUGUUGUACUUGUACAUUGGGGUGGGGGUAACAAUUGAAAAUUAAUCAUUUGAUGUGAUUUGUUUGAUUAUUUAAUUUUAAUGCGAGUAUGUAUUUUAGCUUUUGCAGGGUUGCCACUCUGUCACUUUCUUUACAAGCCACUAAAAGUCUACUUUUUAUCUUUAGUCACCAAAUGUCAUUUUUUUUCAUGUUAAAUUUGUUGGGCACUUUUUAAGCUGUUUAUAAUAUGUUGAGAUUUAUUGUUAUACAAAAAGUCAAUACAUAUAUAUAUAUAAAUACUAAUAAUAAAAGUAUUUUAUGUUUUGCAUAAAGACUGAACUUAUAUUUUAGUUAUCUAAGUUAAUAAAUUAAUUUAAUCUUAAUCUCAACAUUGUUAUAAAUGCUGAUUGGUCAACCGCAUGUAAUCUGUAACCUUUUGUAGGUAUUUAUAUAAUAAAUAUAUUUUGUUAAUACAUAAUGUUACCAAGAAUUAAUAAAAAGUUUUCAUAGAAAUUUGUUCUUGUUUGUGAAAUCCAUUUUUUUCAAUUUUUUCAAAAUGAAACAUAAUAAAUUCUUUGAAUUGGUACAUUGAACUUACUUAUAAUUAAUAAUUAUAUAAGUAUCUAUUUAUUCGACCUAUAUUUAAAAAUGGGUAUACAUUCAUCUUACUACAAUUUCAUGGUUAUGUCCAAUACAAAUUAUACAAUGCACCUCAUGUAAAAUUAUAAUAACAUAUUUAUAAAUUAAACUGAAUCUUAUGAAACUCUUAUUUAAGUAUUUAAGUUACUUUUUGGUCACUUUAUACAUUGUAGUUACUUUAUCUAUUAUUUUAAGUAGAAAAUAUUUGUGGCAAUUCUGCUUAUGCAUAAAUACAAUAAUUAAAUAUUAUAUCAAUAUAUGUAAAAAAAAAAAAGGUUCCUCACAUAAUUUUUAUUUAUUAAAAGCAUUACAAUUCUUUAAUAAUAAAUACUAAUUUGAUACUUAUUAUUGAGAUAUCACUAUGCAUUAUAAAUAGUCAUCAUUUACAACCUAUUUUAUUCUAUGUCCCUUUUGUAGAUUUACCAAAAUGGGGUCGCCCCCAGAUUGAAUUCACUGUUCUGUAUAAAUCUGGUACUUUUUAUUUAAUGGUGAAGUGGUGUCUUAGGUCAAAUGCAAAAUGGUUUUGCCACUUAUCCAAGUUCGCUCAAAAUGGCUUUUCGCUAUUUUAUUACAUAAUAAUAAUAUUCUUAAUACUAAAAUAAACAUAUUAAAUUGUUUACUAUAAUUUGUCAAUUUUUAAAAAAAGUAAAUAAUUAUAUGAUAUUCCUAUACAUGUAUUCAAUUACAUAUUUUAUAAGUGAAUAAAUAAUACACUUUAUUAUGAUAUAUAAAACUUAAAUGCUAAUAAUUUAUUUAAAAAGUAUUUAAGUACAUUUUGAGAAUAUAUUAUAUUAUAACAUCUUGAUUAAGUUCACAUUUUGUAUGUAUAUCAAAAACUGUUAAAUAUAAGUGAUCAAUUUAACAUAAAACAUACUUCUCAAAGUAUUAUAUUGAGACCCUCCCUUUUUGGGUUUUCCCAUAAUUUUAGGUAUAUAUAUAUUUUCAUGAUGCCCAUCAGGACAUAUUGUAUAUUAUGUUAUGGAAAAAGUAUAGAAUUUGGACAUUUUUUAACAAAUCUUCAUGUUGUAUACUUAGCCCAUACAUACAUACAUACAUACAUACAUACAUAUAUAAAAUAAUUAUUUAUUCCAUUUUUAAACUUUAUAUUUACUUUAAAUAUCUAGUAUAAGGAUACUAUUAUUCUUCUUAUUACUAUUCAAAUUAUUUAUUAAUACUAGAAAAAAUUAGUUAUUAUUAUAUUAAUAUAAACUAAGGUAAUUAUUACCAUUUAAAAAUUUACUCAAACCAAAACUUAAAAAAUAAAAUUGAUUUAUCUUUUUAAAAGUAAAUUAUUUAAAAUUGGUGCUUAAUCCAACAAAAUAUAAUUUUUAAAUUUAACUAUUUAUCUGUAGUAAAUAAAAGUAUGUAGGGAGAUCAUUUUUAUCAUGAGCUAGUAAUUUAUUAAAUUAAUGUAAAUAAAUCAAACAAAUUUGUUUUAAUUUAACUUUCCUUUAGUUAUUAUAACAUAUUAUAUAAGGUUUCUAUUUAUAUUACAUUUAAAAUUUUACCUCAAUUGCGUGUGCCUUAAAUUUAAUUUAAUGUUUUAAUAGUCUUAUUUUAGAUUUUAAUAGAAUAAAAUAAUGUUAAUUUGUAUUAUUAUUAUGUCAAACAGAUUUAACAAAUAUAAUUAGAUAUUUAAAAUGUAAAGAAGUUAUUAGUUGACCAUUAAUUAUUAAUUGUUAGUCCUAGAUACUACAUUUGUUUUUAUAUAUUUUUAAUUUGUAAUAUUAUUGAGUUUAUAUUGUUUAUACUAUUAGUCAAAUAAUGAUCAACUGAUCAAAAGUUAAUUAGACUUAAAACAAAUAUUUAAUAUAUUAGUGGAGGUAGUAAAAAAAAGCAUAUAUAAAAGCUUAUAUUAGUGUAAUUUUAAAUUUAAUUAAUAUUGUUCAUUGCUAUUAUUUUUCUUUAAUUUUAUUUAUCUGUUAUUAUGAUUUUUUUUAAUUUGUAGUUUGAAUAUUGUUUCAGUUUAUUCUACCUAGUCGUUCACUUAUUAGAGUAAUUUUUAACAUGUUGAUUGUGUAUGUUUUUUUGCAGUUUUCACUACAUUACAUAAUACAUAACUUUCUAAUCCUUAUAUUAAAAUAAAUCAGAUUAAAUAUAAAAUAAUAUAAUAAUAAAAAAUAAUAAUGUAUAAAUAGAAAGUUAUGUAUGUAAUGAUCUGGUUUCUUUUAAACAAAAGCCAAUUAAUAUUCAAAUAUCAUUCAGACAUGCCCAGGAAGAAUACUAAACUAUUUACAUCAUUUUGAUGUUAAUAUACAGUCAACAUGUUAAAUUUUGUUAAGUUUAUGUUCUAUAUCUAUAUUAAUAUUAUUUCAGUUACCUAUAUAUUACCUAUUUAAUAAUAAAAUAAAUACUCAAAUGCCAAU